AUGGCGGUAAAAUUGCGAAGACCAAUUCGGCCAGGUCGAAGGAAUUCCAAACCAAGAUGGCGUCGCCUUCUUCUCCAAUCUGAAAAUGCAUUGAAAGUCACUUUGGUUGGGUUGGAUAUCAACAAUAUAGGAUAUUUAUUACAUAUGUAAGUUUUCCUACAACUUUUUAAGUAUGGAAAAGUAGAAUAUUUUUUUUACAAAAAUUAAUAUUAUUUUAGUAAAAAUUUCUACCUGAUCAUAAGUAAUGAGCUUUCUUCAGCAGUGAACAUUUGCGGACGGCUGUACCCUAAGACUAUAAAUGUUAAUUAAUAAUUAUUGGUAAGUCAAAACCAUAAAUGGUUUGGACAUAAUCUUAAAAAAUAUUGACCGCAAAGUAGGAACAUUUCCCCCUGUAGCAAUAGAUAUUGCUUUAGCGUCCGCCCCCCCCCCCCCACGCUUUUUAUCUUUUUUCCUAUUUGACAAUUUUUUUUCUUCAGCAGCAAGACUGUGGAGCAACCAUACAAGAUGAAACCAGGUAUAUUAAUUUUUAUUUCUCUGGUUUAAUUUACUGCAGAAUUUAAAGAAUCCUCUAUUGGAUAG